AUGAUGGGAUGCUUUGAGAGCAGCUUUGAGACUUGCUGCCAAGCAUUUGCGCCGUGCUCGUACACUGCUUCUGGUGUUCACAAAUUAAAGCUUAACAAGCUACCACAAGUAUCACCAGGUCAUUCACUAGAGACUGCCUACCUUGCCGAGAAGUAUGGCGCAGUACCUUCCCAACAACUACCUUUGAUGGGUGCUGGCGGUGCUGGCCGUCACAUUCGCCCACCAACGGGUGAAGAUGACCUCUUCUGGACCCAGGAGGUCAUCAACGGUGGACACGACGUCCCCCUCACCAACUUCAUGAACGCUCAGUAUUUUACUGAGAUCCUCAUCGGUACGCCUCCUCAAUCAUUCAAGGUUAUCCUUGAUACUGGUCUAGCUUCUUCCUCCUCGUACAAGGCCAAUGGAUCUGAAUUCUCCAUUCAGUACGGUACUGGCUCCAUGGAAGGCUACGUCUCCUCAGACGUUCUCACCAUCGGUGACCUCACUAUCCGUAGCCAAGACUUUGCAGAGGCCACCAAAGAGCCUGGUCUCACUUUUGCCUUCGGCAAGUUCGAUGGUAUUCUCGGCCUUGCCUACGAUACCAUUUCUGUUAACCACAUCACUCCCCCAUUCUACAACAUGAUUAACCAGGGUCUCAUCGACGAGCCUGUCUUCGCCUUCCGCCUUGGUGAAUCAGAAGCUGAUGGUGGCGAGGCCACGUUUGGUGGUGUCGACCACGCUGCGUACACUGGUACCAUCGAUUACGUCCCUCUCCGCCGCAAGGCAUACUGGGAAGUUGAGCUUGAGAAGGUCGCAUUUGGAAGCGAUGUACUGGAACUCGAUAUGACGGGCGCUGCUAUUGACACCGGCACCUCCCUCAUCGCCCUUCCCACUGACAUUGCCGAAAUGCUCAAUACCCAAAUUGGCGCCACCAAGUCCUGGAACGGCCAAUACCAAGUGGACUGUGCUAAAGUCCCAUCUCUUCCCGAGCUGACCUUCUAUUUCGGUGGCCGACCCUACCCACUCAAGGGAAGCGACUAUGUAUUGGAAGUUCAGGGCACGUGCAUUUCCUCGUUCACCGGUAUGGAUAUCAACCUGCCUGGAGGUUCAUUGUGGAUUAUUGGUGAUGUGUUCCUCCGCCGCUACUACACGGUUUACGACCUCGGCCGGGACGCUGUUGGGUUCGCCAAGGCUGCGUGA